UAAAGCAAUUUAUACUUUUAUAAUAAUCAUAUAUUUCUUAUAUGAUAGAUGCUCACAAGAAAAAUCUGGAAUGAUUAUUAUAUUUAAACGUGAAUCGUGAAAAAAUCCAAUAGUCGAAUCGCUUUUUUGCCAAUGCAAAUUGCGGAAAAAAUAAUUUUUUGAAAGAAGUACACAUACACAAAUUCUUUACGCAAUGAAUAUGUGAUAUAACACACGUACAUUUUAUAACAAUUUAAAUACUUCAAUUAGCGAUAUUUAUAUAUUAAUUAUUUGUAUAAAAUUAGUAGAUAUGAGGUUGCAAAAUCGUUAUAUAGUCGUAAUUUUUUUUUUUAAUAGAUUUCUCAAUCUAGCUAUGGUUAUUUGGCAUAAAACAAUUAAUGUUUUUUCUCAAAUCCGGAAAAUUUGAGAAAAUUUGAUAAUUCGACGAUAGCGCGUAGUUUUCGGUAUCUUCUCGCGAAUAUAAUCAAAAUGUAUAAAAUAAUACCAACAGUUGGAUAACACGCGCGCGCAUUUCGUAGUUUCAUUAUCAAUUAAUUGUUAUGUUAUUACGCUAUUUUGCGCAAACUAUGCUGAAACGAAUGAAAAGUUUGAGUUAGACGUAGUUGUAGGAUAAUAUAAUGAAUCCGAUCAAUUGCUAUCGAUACACAAACAAUCUCUUUGUAUGUAUGUUUUCCUAGCCGCUCGUAUUUUAUCGUACGCGUGGAUAUGAAAAAAAAUCGCGCACGUCAAUCGGUGUAUAUAUAGGUUAUGUUAUGUUAAUCUGUAAAGUGCGGAAAACGAUCCCUUCUCGCUGCCGUCACGCGUACAGCAGGCCUUUGUUUGUCAUACAUUCCGCGCUCAUAGCAUCAUCAAAAAUUAAUCGACUUUCCGUGCGACGUGGGAAACAGUAGAAUCGCCGAAUCCGCAGCGAUACAGUCGCGAAUUCAGGGACUUUUCAGCUUCCGGGAAGAGCUGCUCGUGUGCACCCCGGCCGCCAUUUUGCUUCCCCCGCACGUCUGACAUGUCUUUCUAAUGUUAUUAUCGAUGAAUGUUGAAAUUUUUGCGUGAAACUAUUUCGUACUUUAUUGUCCGAGGAGAGAGAGUUUCUCUCGAGAAAAAAAAAGAUCGUGCCGCGCGUGCCUGAUCGGCGAGACAUCUUUAUCGGGAACGAUUUCCGUUGUCGUCCCAACCUCAGUCCACCACGGAACUGAUACAGGUGUAGUCUCGCGAUAACGAUCAUCGCGAGCGAUUGAAUCUGUCGCCGAGCGCGAAUAUGCUGGGAGACUCGUACGAGGGAUACUUCUGUCCACGUCGCUGAAGGACUGGGUUGUAUCCUGCGCUUGUAACAGUGUACUGUUGUCGAUGUAACGAGCUAACCUAACCAAAAAAAAACGCAUCGUUGAUCAAAGCGACGUCGCGUGUAUAUGUGCUUAUGUCAACAGUGAAGAAAUCUCGCUCGAUGAUAUGGCUCCGGUCACGCGUCUGAGAUCGUCGAAAGGCAGAGAUCUGGCAGUAUUCACCGUCCCGACGUCUGCCCGAUGCGCGACGCAGUUGCUCAAGCAUGCUUAGGGCAUGUUGGAUGUAGACUACUACUACUAUGAGAGAAUGCAGGUGGAACAGAUCUGGACAGUAGCAGCAAUCAAUGAAGGUCCCUAUUUCCGAAAACUCAAACAUGGACAAUAAAUUGAAGUUUUCGGACCGCUUGAAGGCUUUGCUGAAAACUGAGGCUCAUCAAGAUGUUGAUCCGUACAUUUUUAGUGAACCAGAACCAUUUGCCGCGGGAAGAAAUACCGCCACAGUGGUUCCAUCUACAAAUUCUGAAGUAAUGCAAAGUUGUAAAAACAAUAAGUCGAAAGGGAAAUGCGUGAAGCAGAGAAUAAGGAUAGCGCCUGUACAAAACACAGGCUAUAAGACCAUUGGAGUUAAUGCUACGACGGAAACAAAUAUUGAAGCUGGUAUUAGGGAGAAUUUGGAUCAGAAAUUUUCUAAUGUAGUUCAACAUAAACAGCGACAUAUUGAAAAUGUGCAAAGAUUAAAAUCUAGAAAGCAAAGUCGGGACCAUACUCUGUUGUACUAUCCUAAAGCUGGGGAUGAGAUAUUCGAUAGCGAUUCGAGCGAAGAUGAGAUGACAAUCUAUCAGCGUCAUUGGUUCUCCGGCGAAUCCGUUACAACACUAAAUCGUGCAGCCCGGUUGUCUCAACUACGUUCGCAAUUACAACGACAAUUACUUCAAUUACGUAUUAAUGGAACUGAUACUGAAACUGUGCUACGGCAAAGGGUUCGAUGUUUAUUGGAGGCUGCUUUCGUAGAUCCUGCUUCUACCGCGAGAGCAUUGAGCGAAUCUCCAAGUAAGAGUAAGGCGCUCGAUGGACCGUUGUUAGUUGGUGGACUAUGCGGAGCGGAAGGGUGUCAACAGACAUCUUUGCCUUGUACCCGGCAUUGUUCCCGCCAUAUUAUGUUAAAUGGAGAUCAGCUUUUAUUUGAGCAUUGCACUGCCAAAUUUAGUGACAACACACAGUGUUGUGUUCCUGUGUUUGAUGUCGCGCACGAAUUACCUCUUUGCCCAGAACACGCAAGAAAGAGAGACAAUUAUCACCGUAAAAUCCAAGAGUCUAAACCAAAGAAAGCCCGUAAAAAGCCAGCUUCCCCCACCAUCCCAGCAAGGCCUAAACCUAAAUCUAAGCCGAAGAAACGCAAACGGCCGCCCUCGAACAAACUAGAGACUAAGGGAGCCGCAUUGAUGCACGAGGAGAAUCAUUACAUGAGCCAAAUAAAUUGUAGUGAAAAUCAUACCAAGACGUUAAAUAACUUGAAUGUUCCGCAAGGAAGUUCAAAUUCGUCUAACUUAAAUCUAGGAUUGGGAUUAGGCUCUCUUGGGGGAUUGAGUGGAGGCCUUAAAGUCGAACUUGGAGAUAACGAAGUAUUCGCUUCUUUGGAUUCUGCUGAACAUGACUUUGGCACUGUGCUCAAUAACUUGCCCCCAGAUGCUUUCAACGACUUGUUUAUUGAGGGUAGGAAUGGAGAUUAUGAACCAUCUAGAGAAGAAGAGGAGGAAUUACAACGGGCUUUGGAAGAGGUUGAUAAAGAUGUACGAAAUUUGGAGAGAAUGGGGCAAACGCAUGGACUUUUAGAGCCGGCUUUGCUCGCUCAGCUUAUGUCGGAUAUUGCCUCGUAGCCCCACUAAUUCUAAUGUAAUAAUUUUUGAAAAUAAGUUCGCGUGUGUUCCUUGUAACGUAGAAAAGAAGUACUGUUUGUGUCUGUGCUGCUAAACGUAAGAUUGCGUUAUAGACUGUUAUUACAUAGCCACGCAAGUCCGAGAUAAUGGCAGGGAUUGACAUACAGAAAGUAACAAAAAAAGGAGAAAAAAAACGAUAGCAAACUUAUAAAUUUAGUAUAAACAACAUAUUGGGUACAAUACCACGGGUAGAUUUAUGUCGAAUGAGUAGUAAUGUAAAAACCAAGAAUUCCAUCCUUUUUGACAAAUAAUCGCGGACAUUUUACGUCAUCAUCAUAAUACCUGCAAUAUAUUUGUAGCUUAUUUGCAGAUACUUUAACUUGCACUUUAAAAAUUUGCUUAGAAAAAUUGUUGUAGCUGUAAUUACUACUUAUAAUACUUGCAAUCAUUUUUGAGAGUACAGAGUGUAUGAAAAGAAGAGAAGAAAAUAGACAAAUGUCAUAUAAAUGGUUCAGAAUAGAUUCCAACACACAUGAACUAAACAAGAAAAAUACAUAGUUAUCAUUUUUAUAUACAGUUUAUUUUUACUAAAACAAAGAGCAGAAUUAUCUAAAUUAUCUUACUAAUAGCUCCCAUAUUUAUUGAACUACAUAUAAUGUCUAGCUAAUUAUUAAUUACUCGAAUAAUAGGUACAAAGGUAUUUUUAUGACUGAUUUGUAAUGAUUUUAUCUGUUAUUGAUUAUACUAUGCUACAAUUGUGAAAAAAAUAUUUUGGUUUACAAACCGCAUAUCUGUGGUUUAUCACAGAAUUUAGCUAUCAAUUAAAUAAAAUUGGACACACAAAUAAUGUAAUAAAUGAAGAAGAAAUAUUUGGUGUUUAUA